CGUUGCCGAGUCGACCCCUACCAAGAAGACCGAUGCACCCCCCACUAAGCCUACGUUCGCAGAGCUAUACCGCUCUAUCGUCUUCAAGAACUUUCCAGAGAGCAGCUCGGCUUCAUCUCCUGCUCCAGCAAAGACUGAACAAGCGUACUCCACAUAAUGUCCAGGCCGCUUCAGCAUCCUCCUUCUCAUAUCGAUCGCACGCGUAAGGGCCUCUCAUACCUCGAAUCGUAUGGCUAUGACCCGGAUAGUCGGACAGGAUUAGGCGCGAAGGGAGAUGGCAUUCUGCAUCCGAUUAAGGCCAAAGAGAAGAGAGACACCGUUGGUUUGGGAAUGAAACUCAAGUCUUCCAAGGAUGGCAAACCUCAUGUGCAGAAGAGACCGAUCAAUUUGGAUGCUAGCAAAAUCCGAAAGAUGCAUGAUGAGGACAAGAAGAAGCACAAGAAGCUGGUGAAGCUGUUCUACGGGAACGACGACGUGGAGAAGUAUCUUGGACAGCUGCGCUAGGACACGAAUACGGCUGGGUUCUUUCUGACUGAAAGCAUAGCGAUGGCGUUUGGUCGAGAUCAUGUAAGCAUUUGCAGGAUAGCGUUCUGGAGACCACGAAUUAUCCUAGGAAGCAAUGCAACAUCCAUCACAUCGCCAUAGGUUCCCGUGCUUUGUUUCCCUAUUCCUGGUGGGUG